AUGGUGGUUAUGGACACAUGGCAAUACUUCAUGCACCGAUUCAUGCACGUCAACAAGUUCUUGUACAAACACAUCCACUCCAAGCACCACACCCUCGUCGUCCCCUACGCCUUUGGAGCUCUCUACAAUCACCCCCUCGAAGGGCUCAUCCUUGACACCAUUGGAGGAGCCCUCUCCUUCCUCGUUUCAGGGAUGACCCCUCACACUGCCAUCUUCUUCUUCUCCUUCGCCACCAUCAAGACUGUUGACGACCACUGCGGCUUGUGGCUUCCGGGAAAUCUGUUGCAUGUUUUCUUCAACAACAACAGUGCGUAUCAUGACAUCCACCAUCAGCUCUAUGGCACCAAAUACAACUUC